AUGGCUUCGUUCUACAUUGAAAACAAAAACGUCGGCAACCAGGCCGACUCUGAAGAUUGGAGAAUUCGCGGCUACAACCCUCUCACCCCUCCCGAUCUGCUUCAGCACGAGAUUGCGCAGACGCCCGAGUCGAAAAGGACGGUGCUCGAAUCCCGCAAUGAAGCCGUCGCCGUUGUCAACGGCACCGACGCCAACAAUCGUCUUCUCGUAGUUGUCGGCCCCUGCUCUAUCCACGACCCCGAGGCGGCGCUCGCUUACUGCGACCUGCUGCUGCAGGCCAAGGAGAAGCACAAGGACGAGCUGCUCAUUGUGAUGCGCUCCUACCUCGAGAAGCCGCGCACGACGGUCGGCUGGAAGGGCCUCAUCAACGACCCGGACAUUGAUGGCAGCUUCAAGAUCAACAAGGGCCUGCGCCUGGCGCGCCAGCUCUUUGUCGACCUCACCCACAAGGGCAUGCCCAUUGCCAGCGAGAUGCUCGACACCAUCUCGCCCCAGUUCCUCGCCGACCUGCUCUCCGUCGGCGCCAUCGGCGCCCGCACCACCGAGAGCCAGCUGCACCGCGAGCUCUCCAGCGGCUCCAGCUUCCCCGUCGGCUUCAAGAACGGCACCGACGGCUCGCUCGGCGUCGCCAUUGACGCCAUUGGCGCCGCAAAGCACCCGCAUCAGUUCCUCUCCGUCACCAAGCCCGGCGUCGUCGCCAUUGUCGGCACCACCGGCAACGACGACUGCUUUGCCAUCCUGCGCGGCGGCACAAAGGGCACAAACUACGACGCAGCCAGCAUCGCAGAGGCCAAGGCCGCACUCGAGAAAAAGGGCGUCCGCCAGCGUCUGAUGGUGGACUGCAGCCACGGAAACUCGCUCAAGGACCACAAGAACCAGCCCAAGGUUGCCGCCGUCAUUGCCGAGCAAAUUGCCAAGGGCGAAAACGCCAUCAUGGGCGUCAUGAUUGAGAGCAACCACAACGAGGGUAGCCAAAAAGUUCCCGCCGAGGGCAAGGCCGGUCUCAAGUACGGUGUCAGCAUCACUGAUGCUUGCAUUCAUUGGGAGGAUACUGUCAGCGUUCUCGACAACCUUGCUGAUGCAGUUAAACAGCGUCGUAAAAUUCUGAAUGGAUCUGCUUAG